GUAUUUACGAGUGUUAUAUUAGUAGUAAGGAAACCAAACAACUACAGACAAUAGGUCAAUACACAUGAGAUUUUCUGUUUACUCUAUUUUUUCCACAGUAGUGCUAAUACUGAAUGCACUAGCUAUUCUCUCUGAAAAGCGUUUUCUUGUCAAGUUCGGACUCUGCGCUCAUCAAGCACUUUAUCAGCAAUCACAGCCUCCAAAAUCUGCAUUGUUAUCAGACCCAAACUCCCAAAUUACUACAGGUUUUUUGUUCGAUCCUAGAGAAUCCGCUGAGAAUCGUAAUAAUUUCAUCAAUGAUAUCAAUUCAAUCCAAUCACCAGGAGACACCAAACUGCAAAUUUCUACUCUCUUGAAUUCUAUACGAACUUUGCUUCGAUGGCCUCUUAUCUUCGCAAAUAUUGUACUCAUUGUGUUUGCUUUUAUAAUGGGAUAAACCAUUUUUUAUUCCGCUUCAUAUUGUUUUGGAUCAUGCCGUUAUAGGUUUGUUUACUUAUGAAUAUGCACUCAUGCGUGACGUGGGAUUAGGGUAUACAUUUGAUCUAAUAAAAAUAGAUUCCCUUUUUGUAUAGUCACUCAAGUGUUUUGAGGGCCGCGCACUUUGGUCAGGUUGUCUCUCAUCAUACCGUUAAUAAUUGUAUAGACUGAUUCAUCAUGGUGUUUGAAUAGAGAAGGCUCAGGUUAGUCAUCUCAUGGAGAGUAAA